AUGACGAAUUAUAUCAAAGUAAAGUGCACUGUAACCUUUCUAACGAUAGGUUUUGGCCUCACUUAUCCUUAAUUCACCCUAGCCAAAUCCUAUUCUCAUACAGUGUAGUGUUUUUACUGUUCGUCUUUUAGGGUUACGUUUUUGUAGUUUUAUUGUUUUAAAGAUUCGUGUAUAUAAAUGCCAAAGUAAACUGCACUUUUUCGCUAUUACGUUCAUGUAAGCCAUUCCGGUUAUGUACGAACUUCUAAAUUUAUAAAAAUCUUGUACGGCACAUUUUGCACUCCGUAUAAACUAUGAUGCUAUGUAUUGUAUUGAACGAUGUCUGUUACGUUUGAUCGAGUAUAAGGUCGGGAUUUAAAUAUAAACGCGUACGCAUUGAAGAUUUCUUUAUUGCCGUGUACGCGUUGAAACUGUCAUUAUUAUUGUGUAUACGUUGAAAAUUUCAUUAUUACCGUGUAUGCGUUGAAACUGUUAUCCAAAACUUUCCCAUAGUAAUUUGUUACUUUCAGGUACCAUCGCUCCUAGUUAACACAAUCUUUGGUGUCAACCAAACUAACUAGUUUUUUUUCUUUAUACCAACUCGUCACAACAUUUUACUGCCAUAAAUUGCACCGGAGUACACUGGAAUCCCACAUACUUUUACUUGAACAUACAUAGUUCAAGCGACGAAUCUUUUGAUUCUACCAAACUGUGAAUCUAUACGGUUCUACAUUUGCAACAUUGUUCUUAUCACUGUGAUUACAGUAACCUCUUGAAACCACGACGGUCACACGCGCAACAACCUACACCUGCCUUCAACAAACCAAUACGACUGUUAAGAAGCGACGUCGCAGCACUCAAAGACGUCGAGAGCAACCCAACGAACAAUCCUCGGUUCCGGCUACAGUUGUCCAGAACGCGGCUGUAGAUACGGUUUUCGAUAACGGUACUAUAGAUACGGCGGAGAACAACGUUGGAACAAGGACUGAAGUCGCGCGUAAGACCGAAACAAACGAUUUGAAGCGCGGCAGCCGCAAAUCGUUUGAAGGCGAGCGACGUUGCAAGGUUCGACUAAUUGACACGCAUGCGGCGGUAGUCAAACAAGAAACACACGUUGUGAUUUCAAACGAGGCCACCAGCUUUGAAAAUCCGUCCAGUGAGCAACUAGAAGUUUCGGUAGAAACGCUUAACGACUCAGAUCAACCUGUUCAGUCGCUCGAUUCAAAGGAAACUCAUCCGUUUGCCAGUGUAGAAAACCGACCACAAACGACCGACUCUACUGUAGCCAAAUCCAACUCUACAGGUUCUACUGUAGUUAAAUCCGACUCUACCGAGUCGAGUGGAUUAAAGUCCGAGUACAGCACAAAAGUCGUCGACGUUCGUCCAGCGUCACGUACGUCCAGAAACACGGUUAAGGUUCAACCCACGGGCGACCAACUUUUGCAAGCGGUCGAUUCUCGGCCACCGACCGCCGCCGCAAAUACGAAAGUCGAGCCACAACCCCAACAAAACCAAGGACAGGCGGAGCCGAGCGACGCCGAGUCCGACAACAAAGGGUCCACGCUGGGACACAUGCUGCUGAAACUACUGCCCUGCAACUGUUCUAUGGGCAAUAGUCAGGGGUGAGUGUUACUGCAGUUUUUAUGCUUUUAAUGGAAAAGAUUUGUAAUUUGAGACAUGAGGGGAAUGGUGAGGCUUUAGUAGGGACCGUCAGAACAAUCUAUUGUAGCUGUGUUUCUCAAGGGGGCCUCAUCCGAGUAAUCUUGUUUCUCGAGCUACCGAGUUGUGGUGAGGUACUCCUCAAGCCUUUAGGCCGUAGUCAAACGCCUUGUAGGUAGUCUCUUUGCACUUAGAACUUACGAUUCAUUUGUAAAUCACGCAUGAGCUUAGGUCGGGCAUACCAGUUGUAUAUGUUUUAACUCUUCUUAUUGUAGCCUUGCUCUUCACAAUGAUGUAGCCGGCGGCAAUGGUAACAACGUUGAUCUUGAUGACAAGUAAGCGAUUGACAUUCUCGGACUUUGUUUUUGAUUUUUUUACAAAUCAUAUGCUCUACACAAGUAUAAUAUGAUUUUUUUAAUUGCUAUUGGGCGUAGCUCAUUACUUUUUGAACAAUCAGUAUUUUCAAAACAAAUUUUAUCAUUAACGACAACCUUUUUAGAGCAAAUUUUGAAGAAGUUGCCGCAUGGGGCGUGUCGUUUGACCGAUUAAUGAAACACAAAGGUAAGAGCGUCACAUCGUUACAAGUAAUGUGAACAAAAUGUAAUGACUUUUUGGGAAAUUUGAGACAAAAAACUGAGUGUAAAGGAAUGUUAUUGACUUUGGGUUCAAGCUUCAUAUUUUUAAAGCACGCGAAAUCUAAAAUAGCAUGUUUUCCUGCAUUUUAAGUAUUAUUUUUUCAGUGAUUAAAGGUCUAUGUAGUACACAACUUGUUAAAUUUAUGUAGUGAAAAAGCAAUCAAUUGUAUGCUUAUUAUACUGAAGCCUACUUGACGAACCAAACAAUCCUUUCAGUAACACACAAAACUUAACGAUAAUGAAGUAGAUAAUUGUCAGCAAGUUUGUUGUAUAAUUAUCUAAUUAUAAUUAACAACACGCUUUUGUUCAUUACCAGAACGUUUGUUAUACAGAACCUCUUAAGUUCUAAGACGUCUUUUAUUCUUGAUUCUGAGUAAUUACAUACCAAUAAUUACAUACCGUAGGCCAAAUUUACUUCUAUUUUUAUUAAAUAAUUGGGAUAAUACCAGGGUGAUUACUUGGAAUGGGUUUUAAAACACCGCUUGCGGGUUAUAAUUGUAGUCGUUAUUAUUGGUGUUCUACGUUUUUGUGCGUAGGCCGCUAAGAAGAUUAUUUUAGUUGAGUAUAGGUUUGGGUAUUGUAUGAACUAACGUCAUUUUAUAGUAAGUGAGGCAAAACUUUAAAAAACCAUUACACUAGACCUGAAAGAAAGUCCACUAGGUUGGGCCAAAGCAAAUUUGAAUUUGCUUUGAAAGAGCACACAAUUAAUUAAACAACCUAAUAAAAAUUGAAGCAUAAUUUAUAAACUUCAUUUAUAUUUGUUAUAAACACUUAAAAAAUACAAAAUUCAUCAAUUCCUUUUCAGCCGGUCAAAAAUACUUUGGCGAAUUCCUAAAAGGAGAAUACUCGGACGAAAACAUACUGUUUUGGCAGGCGUGCGAAGAGUUGAAACGUGAACGGAAUACGGAAAAGAUCGAGGAGAAAGCGCGCAUCAUCUACGAGGAUUUCAUUUCCAUUCUCUCGCCUAAAGAAGUGAGUCUGGACUCGCGGGUACGAGAAAUCAUCAACAACAACAUGAUCCGCCCAACUGCUCAUACCUUUGACGAAGCACAGAAUCAGAUCUUUACGUUAAUGCAAAGGGAUUCGUAUCCUCGGUUUAUAUCGUCACCGUUGUACAAACAGGUUCUCAGUCAGUACGGUCACAUGGAAGAGCUGUAG